AUGAGUGUGAAUAGAGUCAAGGAUUUAGGGCUUCCGUUAAUGAAUCUCGUGAAGCUUAGAAAAACACCGAUUUUGCAGCAACUGCUUCUAGAAGAAAGGCUUCUUAGAUCUUCCUCUGAGAAUUGGUGUAUCAUUAACGACGGAACCAAUGUACCUAACAUCGUCAUGGGCAUGUCAGGGAAGGCUUGUGAACUUGUUGAGCUUGAACCUGUGAUAAGAGAUCGAAUCCCGGUUAUUAAGCGGUUUACAGGAGGAGGGACUGUGAUUGUUGACGAGAACACACUCUUUGUGAGUUUGAUUUGCAAUAGGAAUGAUGUUCCAAAUGUUCAGCCUUAUCCACGUUCUGUCAUGGCUUGGAGUGGUUCGUUGUAUAGCGAUGUGUUUAACGAGAGUAGCGAGUUUCAGCUACGUGAGAACGAUUAUGUCUUUGGUGAUCGGAAGUUUGGUGGAAAUGCUCAGUCGAUAACGAGGAAUAGAUGGAUUCAUCAUACUUCGUUUCUAUGGGAUUAUAAUGAGAAGAACAUGUCUUACCUUAAGCUCCCUUCAAGAGUGCCUCAGUACCGGCUUGAAAGAGAUCAUACAGAUUUCGUUUGUAGAAUGAAAGAUUACAUCGAAAGAUCAGUGUUUAUAGAGAAAACGAUAAACGCAGUGGGAACACAAUUCAUGUUGAAGGAAAUUGAUUUGGAUGAGAUUGAUGAUUCUUGUGGAGAGCAUAUAGAAAGCACUAGACUUCUCACAGUGGAUGAGCUCAAAGAAACUUUGGCAAAGACAAACACAAGUAUUGCUCAAGCUGUUUAA